UCUCUCCUUCCUAGAAAGGAAGAAAAAGGGAGAGAAAAAUUGGGAGUUUGACCAAAGAGUGUCUGCCUUUGCCUACCCUGCCACCCUUUUGCUGGAAGGCUUUGCAUCUUUGCAUUUUACAUCUGGAAGGAGGCUGGAAGCUGCAACCUGGAUUAAAAGAUGUGUCCUGGUUUUUCUUCUGUGAAAAUGCUGGAAGGUUUUUAAAGGGAGAAAAUAUUUCGGGAAGGAAAGAUUUAAAGGAAGAAAAUUGCUUCCCUCCGUGUGUUUUCUGCUAAUGUGAAGCAUUAUUAUCGCAAAGGCUAAACCUAUGGAAUAAACCCCCUUUAAAAACAGUGGCAGCCCCAGAUCAGGGUGCCCAGAGAUUUGCAACAGAGGUUUGCCCAACUUUUCCAGCAUUUUCUCUCAGUCCUGCCAAGAGAAAAUGGCGGUCCAGUUUGGAGAGACCUCACCUUUGAGCCUGCAGCCUGAGGAAAGUCCGAGCGUGAAAGCAGAGGAGCAGGAUCAUGUAGGCAUCAAACUGAAGACAAUAUCCGUGGGGAGACAGGAGGCCCCGUGCGUUGUCCGCGUGGGCACCCUCACGCAGUGUUUGAGCUGGGAAGCACCAACGACCACCAUAAAGCAGGAACCCAACGAGGGUCUCUUGUCUCCAGGCUGGGACACCUCAUGGCGGGAGUUUCUGGGGGACGCGGAGUCCUCCCACUCAGAGCAAGAAAACGGGCAACUGCUGGAGCCGAUGCUUCCUCCACCCUUUGAGGAAAUGGUAGCCGAGGGUUACCAGCCCAGAGAAGAACCGUUGAGCCAAUCCUUGCUAGGUCUCAAUGGUUUGACGCAGUUGGCUAAUAGUAGGCCAGACACUGGAGAGAUUGGCAACAGCAGGACCAUGAAGGAAGAGAAGAUGGAGGCUGAGGAGAGCACCAACGUAAAUGCCCAAUGUCAGAGGUUCAGGCAGUUUUGCUACCCAGUGGCUGAAGGGCCCCGAGAGGUUUACAGUCAUCUUUGGGAUCUGUGCCACCUGUGGCUGCAGCCGGAGAGACGUACCAAAGAGCAGAUCCUGGAUCUUUUGAUCCUAGAGCAGUUCCUGACCAUCCUGCCCAUGGAAAUGCAGAGCUGGGUGAAGGAGAGGGGUGCAGAAACCUGCGCACAGGCGGUAUCCCUGGCAGAAAAUUUCCUGGAGGAGCAGCAAGAGGGUGAGAGCCAGGUAGAGCAGGUGCCUGGGCUGCUUCGCGUGGUAGCCAUGAAUUUCUCCAAUGCCGAGCCACUUUCAUCAGGCGGCACACAGAGACAUCCUGGCAGAAAAGUGAAGGAGGAGGGGGAAGAGACAGAGCCAUGGCAUGUCAGUUCAGUGGAUGAUGGCCCAGUGAGUAAUAAUGAAAGAAAACUAUGUGACAUGUCCUUGGAAAGAACAAGCCAUCGAGAGCUGGAAAAGAAACUGAAGGGUCAAGAUGAGCUAGCAGUGCAAGAGAGAAUGCAAAGUCAGAAGUGGAGGAAUCAAUCCAAUGCCUUCCAAGUUAUUAGCUAUCAUGAAAUUGCCAUGCAGCAAAGACUGCACAAAGGCAAAAGACACAACCGGUGCAGCGUGUGUGGGAAAAACUUCAGGAAUGAAUCCAACCUGAUUAGACAUUGGAGAACCCACCCAGGAGAAAAACCCUACAGAUGUUCAGACUGUGGGAAAAUCUUCUGCUGGAUCUCGCAGCUGGAUAGACAUCGGAGAACCCACACAGGUGAGAGACCAUAUAAGUGUUUGGAGUGUGGGAAAACCUUCACUUGGAGCUCCCAUCUGAAGAGUCACAGGAGAAUCCACACAGGGGAGAAGCCAUACGAAUGCUCCCUCUGCAACAAAACGUUCCUUAGCAGCUCAGGUAUGAUCCGGCAUCAGAGGACCCACACGGGGGAGAAACCUUUUAAAUGCUCUGACUGUAGCAAAAGCUUCGGUGCCAAAUCGAGCCUGGUCAGCCAUCAGACCAUCCACACAGGGGAGAGAUCCUAUCAGUGCUUAGAGUGUGGGAAAAGCUUCAACCGGAGUCACACACUGGUUAGACACCAGAGAAUCCAUGACACAGAGAAGCCAUACAAGUGCUCCGAAUGUGGAAAGAGCUUCACCCUGAUCCAGCAUCUCCUGAGACACCAGAGGAACCACACAGGAGAGAAGCCCCAUCAGUGCACAGACUGUAGCAAAAGUUUCCUUGAUAAAUCGAGCCUCGUGAAACAUCAGAGGAUCCACACGGGCGAGAAAUCCUUUGCUUGUUCGGACCGUGGGAAAAGCUUCAGUCAGGGCCAGCAUCUUCUAAGGCGUCAAAUCGUUCACACAGGAGAGAGCUUUUAGGACUCUUCCAUUGUUCCAGGCUGUGCAACUGCAGAAAAAAAAUUUUUGAUAUGGUGUUAGCUUUGUUUAAUAGAAUCCCUGCUUUAAUGUUUUUGUGUGUGGUUUAAAUCCAAGUUUCUAGCCUUUGUAACCGCAAAGGCAGUGAGCUCUAAAGUGUCUGAGCAAUGCCCAGUGAAAUCUCCAAAGUCCAAGGGGAACCAAAGGGCAAGAUCUUCAAGAAACACAUGAAGUUUUCAAAAACACUUUCUGCAGGCAGGAACUAUUUAAGAAAAGUUUACUGUCUCUGAAUGGAAAGACAGAGUAGACCCACUGUGGCUAACAAACACCUCUUGAUAAACCUAUCCUCUUUUAGGGGCAUUGUAGACUGAAUCUACACUACCCAGUCAUGUUUGAUACCACUUUCAUUACCAAGGAGUUCUGGGAACUGUGCUUUGGUAAAGGAUUGAGAAUUCUCUGCUAAGAGAGCUCUAGUGCUGGAGUUCAGGAGAGUGGACCACAGAGGUUGUGUUGUUAUUAUGCCUCUUCAAGUCUGAAACACACUGUAGAAAUAAUCCAGUUUGAGACCGCUUUAACUGCCCUGGCUUAGUGCUAGGGAAUCCUGGGAAUUGUACUUUAUUGUGGCACAGGAGCUCAGCUCACUGACAGAGGUAGUUUUGUCUCACAAAACUACAGUUCCCAGAAUUCCCUAGCAUUGAGCCAGAGCAGUUAAACCGGUCUUGAACUGCAUUAUUUUGGCAAUGUGUUUUGGACCCAAAAUAAAAAUAAAAAAUCUGGGUUUUUCUCUAUUGUCUCUAGGGACUUUAUCACACAAAGUAAUAAAUCAUAAUUAAAGCAAGGCAUUAGAGUUUUUGGCUAGUACUUAUCUUACAAAGUCGUGUCUGUUCAACUGCUACUUUGCAUUUCCUUUGUUUCUGCAGUGCACUUUUCAUUAGCGGCAAAAACUCAUCAAUAGGCUCCUAUUCCACGCCACUAAUGAUUGAGAGAUGUCACAGGGCAUGCGGGAGUGUGAGUCUCAUCCUCUUCCCCCUUGUCCUCGAUAUUCCCAAGUAGGAUGAGAGUGUGUGGUUUUAUUUUUUACUCCAUGCCUUUCUUUCUUUUUCUUUUCUUUUUGCUAUGAUUGCAUAAUUACAGCAAAAAUAAAAAUAGCGAAAGGAAUAGAGUAAAAACAACCUCAGCAAAUGCAGGUAUGUGCUGAAAGUAUAGAAAGUGGGAUUACGGAGCCAGUGCAGAAGGGAGCAUGGAUUUGCCAAAGUGGUGCUCUCAUGUGAUUGAAGAGAAGUUUGCAAACUGGUAUUUUCCCAUUUCCUUCCCUAAUACAAUUAUUGCAAGAAAAAAAGCUGGUGUGACAAAGUCCUAAAGACGAACUAUGGCUUGUUGUCUUGGAUGAUGAUGGACAUACAGUAUAUGUAUAUAUCUUAUCUUUGUUCUCCCUGAAACGUUUAUUUCUGCACGAUAGUGACCUGAUAAGUAAAUGCACUUUCCAUUAACAGUCAAAAUACUUGCAUUUUUCCCAUUAAAGAAAGAAUUUGA